UUCCCCGGCCAGCACUCCGACGCCACCCAACUACGCACUCAACACUCGCGCUCCUCCCCGUCGCCGCCGUGAUCAAUCAAGCGCAAAGGUCGCACACGACGCCACUUGGAUCUCUCCCUUUCUCUUCCUCCAGCAAAAGGACGCUGCGGAUUCCAUCCGCCUUCUCUCAUCGCGCGCGUUCAAUCGCGAACGCUUCGGGAUUCGCCUCUCUCUUUCUGUCUCUCUCUCCGCCUAAUUCCGCUACAGAGGCCGAAGGGUGACGCUGCUAAUAUAUUUAUAUGCCAGAGCUUUAGCUUUUUGCAGCAAAGCAGAAGUUUGACCGGAGUUCCAUCUUUGGCUCUUUGGAAGCAGGUUUUGAAAUAGGAGAGGCAGAGGGAGGCAAGGAGCGAGCGAGAAGAUCACUCUGUUUCAUACGUAGUAGUGUAUAUUUAUGCAUGGAAGGUAGGGAGGGUGUUGUGGUGGCAGAGUACGAGGGAGGGGGAGGAAGUGGAAGUGGAAGAGGAGGACAGGAUGCUGUGCAAGGAGGAUGGGAAGUCACGCCGGCGGCGCCACCGGAAGGGGCUGGCUUUACUAUUGAACUGGUUGGAAGCGGAAGCGGCGGCGGCGAAGGCAGCGAGGGAGACCCCGCGGCGGUGAAGAAGAGGGGAAGACCCAGAAAGUACGGCCCCGAAAGCUUGGCUUUGGUGCCGUCUCCCACAGCUGCGUCUGCCUCCCCGUUCUCCCCUGGCUCUGGUUCCUCUGACGGAAGACGGGGCAGAGGGCGGCCACGCGGCACAGGCAGCCGCCAACUCCUUGCGGCUCUCGGAGAAUGCUUUACUUUCUCAGCUGGAGGGGGCUUUACACCCCAUGUCGUCACCAUUGCUACAGGGGAGGAUGUUGUUGGAAGAAUACGUUCCUUCUCGGAAAAGGGUCCACGGGCUGUUUGUAUACUCUCUGCAAAUGGAUCUAUCUCCAAUGCUACCCUGCACCAGCCGGGUUCUUCCGGCGCUACCUUGACAUAUGAGGGUCGAUUUGAGAUCCUUUCUCUGUCUGGGUCAUUCUCAACCACUGCUACUCAGGGUGUGCGGAAUAGGACUGGUUUGAUAAGUGUAUCGCUUGCUGGGCCUGAUGGCCGUGUCAUUGGCGGAGGAGUUGCUGGUCUGUUGCUUGCUGCUAGUCCAAUUCAAAUGAUUGUUGGAAGCUUCAAACCAAACACUUUCAAGAAUCAACUGACAAAACCCAGCCAGCCAGCAGAACUUACAACCUUUCCAGUGAUUACAAGUUUAACAGCUGCAAGGCCUAUUUCGCAGGCCAACCCCGAUGAUGACUGCGAGACACCCACCUCAUCCUUACAUGGACAAAACCGCUCCGAGAACAGUGUGCGCGAUCCCAUUCUGAGCACUAUUCUCCAUCAGACCAGCAGUUGGCAUGGUCUGCAAUCCCCAGACCACAAGCCUUCCCCAGAUAUUAACAUACGUCUACAUGGAGAAUAGGGCUAAGCUACUUUGGCACUAUCACACUCUUCUAACAUGAUCGAUAAGUGACUUAUUUUCUCAGAUGCUAUGUUAGGGAAAGCUCAGCAGGUUGCUGUCACUCCCAAAUGAUUGUGAUUGUUUUACAUGUGGAAGCUUGAGGAUACUCCGCAUUUGUUUGGGGAUUUGGUUUGGCUGUAAGCUGUACUCCUGAUUGAUUUCAUGGUGACUGCUAAUGUUAAUGUCGAAGAUUAUUUUGAA